CUUAUUUCAGAAAAGCUCAGCUCACAAACUUUUUUUCAUUUUUUCAGAAAAAAAUACUUCUAAAUAAAUUGCAUUUUCGGAAAAUAAGGUGCAUAAACUUGAGAGCUUUUUAGGCAUUCAGAGCUUUUUGAGCUUUUAAACAAAAAAAUGUUUAAAUAGCGAAUUUCAAAGUUAUUAAAACACGAAAACACGCAUUUAAUCAGUUUUAAGAAAAAAACAUUAACUUUAGAAAAGCUUUUUUAUAGCUUUUUAAGCUUGGUGAGCUUUUGAAUCCAACCAUUUUCAGCCUUACAAAGCUUUUGAGUAUCAAAAAGCUUUAAAGAAUGAUUCGCUCCAAUUCAAAAAAUAAAAACCGCGUCUUACUAUCCGCUCAACUCACCCCACUAACUACGCGCUCAACUGUUCCUUCCCAGCAUCAGCGCGUUCAAUUAAGCUCAAAGCGCAUACAACACACACUCUUUAAAAGUAGCGUCAUUAAAUGUAAACUAAAUAUAUUUACUCUGCUGUGAUUUUUUAUUAUUAUUGUAUUGUAAUUGUUACUGUGACUUUUUUGACACACUGCGCUGUUGUAGCGCUUUGUGGUGUUUAACUAUUUGCCUUUCGAGUUGGUCAAGUGCAAACGCUUUUUAUUAAGUGUUAUGAUAAUAUUAGCUCGUACAAUGUCAGCGCAAUUAAGCGACUAGGUGACGCCGAAAUUUACCUUUUAACACACACGCAGCGCGCUUGAGAUAUAUCUACAGAUCUGUGUAGUGUAUACCUUGAACUCGUUGCAUACAAACUACACAUAACUCCGUUUUUUUAUGACGACCCCAUCGCCACCGUUGAGCCAUUAAAGUUGGCUUUAAUUUAAGUAUUUUAUAUAUAUAGUUUUUACUACCGACUUCACAAAGCUUAAAUUAUAAUUACGCUUGCAACUAUUCACUAUUUUUUAACUACUCUUCCGCUACUCUAAAAUAUUUGCAUAUCCUUAAGCUUUAAAGUGUCUUUUUAAGUACGCGUACGUCCGUUAGCAUUUCCAUAAGUAUUUAAGUUAGAGAAAAAAAUUUAAGUAUUCCAUAUAUAUUCAAUAUAUAUAAUUGUUGUGCUUUUAAGCUUAUGACUACUGACUACGCUUAUCUUCAAACGCUUUGUAAACUAUUGUUGUUUUUCUUUAGUUAAUUAUUAGUUGUUUUUUUUUUCAGUCUUCACAAAGGGCACUGGGUUUAAGGUGAAAAUUCCUUGAGCUUUUACGACUGUUAAUUUGCUGUUGUUGUCUGACCAGUUCUAUACUAUAGGUUAGCUUUUGUGCGAUGAAAGCGCUAUUUGCUUUUUACUACUUGCCGUAUUGGAGUUUAUUUGUAAAAUAAAAACUAUGAAUUCUCCUAUUUCUUCAACACUUCUAUUGUUUUUAUUGGCGCUAGUAGCUUUAACACUCGAUAAAUGUGUAUAUAAAAAUUCAAUUUGCUUGCGAUUUGUAAUGCUCAUAAUCAAUUAUGAAGUCAUAAAUGUUAGUUAAGUUACGCGUUGCUACUUUGUAACUAAUGGUUUGACUUCUGGAAAGUUUUGUAGCAGAUAAAGCUAUGAAAGGUUGUUUUGCUUGCAGUGAAAUUGAGUGAGUUAGUCAAUUGUUGUUUUUGUAUGUUUUUGCGUUAAUCGUUGUGAAGGUACCAGGGAAAUUAUGCUGAACAACUUUAAGAACUCUGAAGUAUUAUACAUAUAUUUAAUGUUCAUAUGAUUUAUCUUUCUACAGUUUAAAAAUUACAAGAUUUGUUGCUUAAAAGAUGUCUCAGCAGUAGUACAAGAACUCUAUGAUUUGGAAGAAACCCUGUAGAUGAAAGUUGCUUGGGGAAAAUCUAUGAAGAAGGUUAUGCAAGUGACCAAUUCAACAGCUGUCGCCAGUAACACCAGUUACCCCUCCCAGAUGCCUACAGGAUUAUAUGGUCACCAUAAUUAUAGCCAACCAUUGGCCAGUGGCGUCACCACCUCACUGCUUAUCGCUGAUCUCUUUUUACUUUUAUUUCUAAAUUUUUUUCACAUCCUGCGCCAGUUUAUGUGUGAAACCACAGCACGUUCGGCCCGUAACCUUAAAACUGAUAAGUGUCAAUGUCAAUGGAGGCUAAAAAACAAGGUCACGCAGCGAACAAAACCGAAGCAACCAAACAACUGGACUAUAUGAAAAAUCGUAAAACAACAAUAAUGAAACAACGAAACACGAACGAAGACUCCAAAUUAUUCACCAUGUACCACUACAAAUUACUGCCGAUAAACAACAAAGGAGCAGAGUAGUCACGCUAUCCGACACAAUAAAAUGUGCUAAAUGAAAAAUUGCAACACGUGGCCACAUGCGAAACAGGGAUGACUGCUGUGGCUGCCACCCAACACAGCACAAUGUGCAGAUUUUGACAGUUGCAAUUUGACAGUUUGAACCAGGACAUGCGCAUUUAAUUGCUUUAUACAUAUGUAUUUGGCACUAAAAGAAAAAAAAAAACAACAAUUUACAAAACGAAUAUGCUCAGAAGAAAAUUAAUUUUUUCAAAUGCAAAUUUAUAAAUGAAAACUGAACGGGGAAGCUUAUAUUUUGCAUGUAAACAGUAGAGUAAACUUUGAACUUUAUUAAGACAGUAUUUGAUGUAGCGAAGCAUAGUAAUUUUUUGAUUUUUGAAGGCACGAAAGUGCACCGCACCCAAGAAUUUAGGAAAUUCAGCAUUUUUUUCACGGCAAAUACGCCGUCUAACGGCACACAAAGUACACACCCUUUUGAUGUGGUUGUGUGUUCAUGCGUAUGUGUUGCGUGCAAAACAAGGGGUUGGCGACGUACUCGUUGGGGCGUUGUGGAACAAACGAGGGUGCCGCUGCUGCGGCUGCUGCUGUGAAAACUCAACGCUCACUGUGGCAGCCGCAUGGAAAAUUGGCGAUAAAGUGAAGCGAAAAAUCGAUAGUUGAGACUUCAGUGGCGGAGUGUGUUUAAUUUGCAGUUUUUCACGAAGUUUGCACUUGUUUUUGUUUAAUAUACUUAUUAUUAUUUUGCAUUAAAUUGUUGUAAAAUUUAUUGAAAAGCUUGGCGACGCAUACGUCGUCUGUUAGACGAGCAGCCGACCCUUCAGAUAAGCUUUUAAAGUAGUUUUCCGCAUGUAACAAAGCUAUUUUCAAUGGUUUCCUGCGCUUAGACCCACCUGAUUUUGUAGUUAAGUUGAUGCUGCUUGCACUGAUGACAUAUUUCAUAAAAAAUUAGCACAAAAUUUGUUUGUUGAAAAACUGAUGUUUGCUAUGGGGCGCGGUAUGCAGCAGCAAAGAGCCACUAAUCCACGGGGGUGACUCUUAGCACACCACACACGCAAAACGCCGCAGCACAGCCUUUAUAAAUUGCUAAAAUUUGCGAAUUAACUUUGCUUAAGAUUGGCAUAUUUUAUGAUUUUCACUCUAAUUCAUUUUAUAUUCACCACACUUUACACAAAUUUUUUCCAAUUUUCAUUAUUCAUUAAACUUUUUUCCACACGAAACUCAGUAAAUGCACUACAAAUGAUUUAAAUUUUCUUUAAUUUCAAUUUAUGCAAAAUAAACACCAACCAAAUUAAACACCACAAUUCAUAUAUAUAUACAGAUAUAUAUGUAUGUAUACACACGCACACAAUACAACAAACGAACGCGUAGUUCACCGGAACCGGUUUCGCUUGAUUGCUAUUUGUCUUCGUCGCUUCGGUAUUAUUUUGUUCUUAGUUUUUGUUGCUAUUGCUGUAGUUGUAUAUAUACAAUACCGUCUCGGGGGUUGUUGGUGUGGUUGUCGUAUGUGUUUCGAUUCACACACACAUGCACACACAAUCUGACAAACACUCACAGACUCCCUAAAUAUAUACGUUGAAACGUGAACGACGCGCGGCCCUACUAUCACGAACAAAUCCAAACGCUAACUGAAUUCAUUGGCUCGCGCAAUGUUUGCUCGAACCUGCUGUCGGCCGUAAUGAAAGCGUAGUAUUUUUGCUGCUUUUGCGUGUACACAGCAACACUGUGCGGGGAUAUUCGUUGCAACAUGCGACCAAUUUGAGUUGUGUUGAUGCAAGUUCGCUGGUUCGAUGGCGCUUUGGUUGUAAAACCCGAAAUUUAGCGAGAAUUAUGCAUUUUUGGAGCUUUGUUAGAAUAUUAUUGCGAAUAUUCUAAAGUUACUGGGGCGGAGGGGGCGUGACUUGACUUCGAAAUAUAUCAAACAUUAAUUUAAAGUAUUAAAAUAUAUGAAAGUUGUAUGAGACGGUGGUUGGAAGUUGGUUGAAUUGGCAAUAGAAGUCAAAUUUCAUACUAAUUACCUCCCAUAACGCGAAGCCUCUCUAACUGCAAGAUUUUUGUGGAUUAUGUUGAUUCGAAUUAGGGAAGUUCAAGUGCCUUUUUAUAGGCUCUUAGCAAUUCUUUUCUACUAAUUUUUUGGCAUUAUAAAAAAUUUUAGAACUUAAAUAUGUAUAUCCCUAAAAGCUUUGAGAGUAUAGUAGAAAGGCACAAUUUAUCCGUAGAAGCUUUGAAAGUAAAGCAGUCAACAACAAGUUGUUCGUAGAAAAACUCCUUUCCUUUAACAUUUCUAUCAGCCCCAUCUUGUAGGCGUGGCCGCCACAAAACAGUGACCAGUGAGUAUGCCGACCAUAUUCCUGCAUUGGCUUCUAUCGAGCGCCAAUAGAAAUCUCGUGUACUUCUUAUCUACCGCCUUACACAUAACUUCUGAGAUCAUCAUAUAGACAGUGUAUUUAUCUACCCCUACACCCUGUGUAGUAGAUUAUUCCAUGACUGUGGAGAGCGCUAAUAACGAUUCCUUGGACGUUUCUGUAAUCAGUUAAAGACGGAAUCUUGAAAAUAUACUUUGGAGAAGGCCUUUUCAAGUUUUCAAAUUAAACAAAUUGGCUAAAACUUAUUCGAAAAAAAUUUCAACAUGUCUCGAAAGACCCAAAACAACAUAAGAGGUGUUAAAAUGAGAGAAAAAGCAAUUUAUCAGACAAAUUAAGAAUUUGGAAUUCAGAACCAAUAAAAAUGUCCAAAAAAUCAGCUGACUUGUAUGUAGUUAGGUAGGAAGGUAAAGUAUCGGACGACGCACCUAGUCGUUAAAGAGACCCACCGGGACUAGAACCCCCACACGUCCCCUCUGACCACCCUUUAGACUCGAUAAAGUUAUUCAAUUCAACAAGUUGGAUAAGUGCAACUUCCGAGACAUCGUUGUCAUUCUGUUCCUAUACAAAAUCUUGCAUCCACAUAGAAAAUGUACUAUCGUCUCAUCUGCUUCUACUGCUUAGCAGUUCUAAAAUAAUCAUUGUAUGGUGUUCACAGUCUACUGGCAAGUCUUCCAAUCAGACACUGACACCUGUCAGCACUCCUAGUGGCUUUAGCUGAUAUGUUAGUUUCCUAAGUUUUUGACAACGUCUGGGGUUGUUGUUGUAUUGGUUACCUAAACCUGGCUGAAUCGGCAUGCAGUCGGACCAAAGAAGUAGGGAUGUUAGAUGGGUGGGAUUAAUUGAGCAAGCAAAGAGGUGAUUAGUGGCAUGCGUGGACUCUUUGCUUGUAGUACACUAACUGGGGUUCAGUCUGGAUAGGUAGGAGUUUAAUCUACUAUAGUAUUCAAAACUAAAUUGCGAGAGGGUUCAGUAACUGUUCUCUCGCAUUGUUAUGCUAUCUAAUUCGACCUCUCAUGCAUAUAUUUUCAUAGGAACUAGAGACAAUUCUUUGAUAUUUUACAGGUCCACAUUAAGAACUUCGCUAACCACUUUUGCAAAGUUUCCACCAUCAAACUAAAAUAAUCGCUUCAAACCAACUGUUCAAACAACACACUUGUCGUUAAACAAACAAAAUGUACCGUUUACACAAUAACAUACCAUGUUUGAGGGGAAUUUUGUGCGGUACAGAGUGAGUUUGCGCAAAGCAGCGCAUUUGUUUUGGGUAAUUUUCAACCGGCACUUGAUAUUUUUAUUUGUUUACAUUCAUUAUUGGCGCUUCUGUUUUGAUUACCCACAUUUGUGGUGUUAGAAUGAGUAAAGCAUUGUUUGCUUGGUGUAAAUAAAAAGGCUUGAAAUAUGACUCAUGCGAGCACGUGGAGCUAACGGGUGGAGUUCUAUUUGAGUUACAGUGUGGAUGUAUGUGUUUAAUUGUAAAAUAACAUAACAACAAUAAUAAUAACAAAAUAACAGUUUGUGGUAGAACUUGUUGUUGUUGCUUGUUAGGUACUGUUAUUCUUUCUAUAAGCAAUUUAUAUGGGAUUUUGGAUUUACUUUCUAUGUUUUGAAGUUUGCCACCGAAAUUGUAGGGUUUUUUGCCAAUAAAAAGACUUAAGCGACGAACUUCGAAAAUAAUUUAAUGAAUAUUUUAAAGAUAUUUUUUUACCAAGCGAAUUUUGGUUUCAAAACUUUUUAAUGCAGGGAUGUAAUAGAAAUCAUUAUGUUUAAGUUUAUGCAUGUCAACUCAACGUAAACUUACCUUAAUAAAAAUGUCCUUACCUUUCAUAAAUAAUUUCAAAAAAAUAAUUAUUUCAAUUUCUACAUAUUAUUGCAAUAUUUAUUUAACUUGUUAAUAUUUAUGAAUAUUUUUGUAUAUUUGUAAUAUAAUAUGGCAUUUAAUUGCAAUUUAAUUUGUAUAUAUAGAUUUAUGAAUACAAUACAUAUUUGUUCAUGGAAAAAAUUUUGAAAAUUUAGUUUUAACUGACAAUUUGCGAAUUUUAUAUUAAAAAAAUGAUUAUUCUUCAGAAAUACAUAUAAAAAUAAGAAAAAAAUGUCUUUUCAUUACUUUUCGUCGAAAUUGCUAACAAAAUAAUAAAAAUAUAUAAUAAUAUAUUUUAUUGUUAACAAAACUUCGUAAAUUUCGAGGGUAUCAAAAGUGUCUUUUUUACUAUUUUUCACGAAAUAUACAUAUGUAUAUUUCAUAUAAAUCUCUUUUCAAAUAUAUUUAACUUUUUACUGUACUUAAGUAUGUUGGUAUGUGUGUGUGUUUGUGUGCAAUAUAGACUACAUUACAAUUAGAAAUAUAUAGACGAGAAAUUGCUUAAAUGCCUUUAAGUGGGUUUGAGUAUUUCAAUGUGAUUUCUUGCUUCCUGUCUCCUUCAUUCGCUUUUGCUGCGUUUCGCUGGUUUGAGCAAUACAUACAUAUAAAUUUGCAGCGUUUAAUACUUAGUUUGCUUAAAAGUACAAAAUUAUAUUCGAA